CUCCCAAGCACACAACAUCCCACACUCGUUUCAAAAUGCUCUCCUUCAAGUCCCUCGCCACUGUUGCCACCCUCGCCUUCGGCGCCCUCUCUGUCCUCGCGGCCCCUACCCUCCAGGCCCGCGGUGUGGAUGUCGCCGCCGACGCCAGUCUCCACCUCGUCCGUGAUACCCAGGUCGCUGGCGUCGCGCAGAUCAUCCAGACUACGAUCACCACCCUCACGCCUAUGGUCGAGCAGUUCAAGUUCAUUACCGCUUCGAACUGCACCGCUGAUACGCUCACGCCGAUGGUGACCAGCGUCAAGACC